AUGGUUUUCGCUGCCGAGGACUCGAGACCAAUUCAGCUGUUUCAUCAAUCUCAAGUCCCGUGCUAUGGAGGGCAUUUCCUGGAGUUGAUCAUUUUGGUGGCAGUAUCAAUUUGUGGAAGAGCAGGAGUUGAAGACGAUGCCACAGCGAAUGACCCUUGUCCACCGGGAGCUAAGCUUAGACCAGCAGACACUUUACUUCGUGAAACAGAGCCAAAUUUGGGACAAGUUUUUCUUGAGUUUCUGACUGUGCUCCAACCAUCUGCGUCAUUAGGUGGAACGUUUCCUCCAUGUGUUCUUUUGUCACAUGUAUCCCGUCGUCUCGAGCCAACUUUAGAUGAUUGUUGGUCGAGUCUGUAA